AAGAAAUCGGAAUCUCCGUAUAGCAUAGGGUAUAUGAGAAAUCGGCCAUACAGUUUACAUAGAGAGAAAGCGUGGCCGAUCUAGCGAUUACAUCGUCACAAAAAGGUUUUAUCUAGUCUGACGACGGAGAAAGUUAACUCUCACCGACUUCAUCUCUCUUAACACCGCACGUAAGGUUUUACCCAGUCUGACGACGGAGAAAGUUAACUCCCACCAACUUCAUCUCUCUUAACACCGCACGUAAGGCAGGGAAUUCAAAGUACAGUAAAUCAGUCCGACACAACCAGAUCAUCAUGACAAGUUUAUCAGACAAAGACAAGGAAACUUUACAGGAGUUCAUAGGGGAGGGAUCCAAGUGUUUCACCAAGUUGUACAGCGCGAAGGAACACGAAUGUGACGCGGCUGUCUUCCACCAGAGGUGUAAUAACAGAGGUCCUACACUGACCGUGAUCUACAAUACGGAUGGUCACGUGUACGGAGGGUAUGCUUCAGUCAGCUGGCAGUCAACCUCCACUCCACAAGUCUACGACAAAGCUGCAUUCCUCUUCUCUCUUCGUGGCAACGGAGAUGAGCAAUCGAGAAAGUUUCCUGUGACGAAAUGCAACUUGGCCCUUGUAUUCGACGACAAGUCUGGUCCUACCUUCGGGAGUGGCCCAGACCUGGCAGUGUUUACCGGGAGUAUCACCAGAUCAGAUGAUGGAACUUUCCCACUCAGCCCUACAAUGGAAGCGGGGAGUUAUGAGAAGAUCCCCUUCUCGUUAGGGGAUCAGACCAGCUCUGAUAUUCCUGUAAUGGAUGUCGCGGUGUACAGCGUGGAAGAUAGUGAACAGAAAAUUAUGUCUCGUCAGUGGAGGGAUGAGCCUAAGUUCGAGUCGGAGUACCUGGCAACACUGUUGGACGACGUGGAGUCUUAUUGGCCACUGAAGGAUUUCGGUGUUUCUGAGGAAGCUCUACAGCACGUCAACAUUCUUUUUAUUGGACCAAUCGGAGCUGGGAAAUCCAGUUUUUUAAACUCGGUGGAGUCUGUAUUUAGGAAACAUGUGACUAUGAGUGCUGCGGCUGGAAGUAGAGGGAAAAGUGUGACGUCGAUGUACCGCCAGUAUCCAAUCACAGGUCCUGUUGUUUCAGUGUGUGUUUAUGACGUUUCAGUACCGCCAGUAUCCAAUCACAGGUCCUGUUGUUUCAACGAUUGUAGUAUCACCAAAGACAUUGAUGCCAUUCUGGACGGUCAUGUGCCCAAUAACUACAUCUUUAACUCAUCUUCGUCAGUGACAAACAAAACACACGGCUACCGACGGGAUCCCAAACUGAAGGACAAGAUCCAUUGCGUCGUAUAUGUGCUUGAUGCGGAAAAGUACUCCCCCGAGAUCGGGAUGUCGUUUGUGACGGAGACAGUGAAGGAACAGAUUAUGGACAUCCAGGAAAAAGUAGAUCAGAGAGGUAUCCAACAGUUGAUCCUUCUAAACAAGAUCGAUAACGCAUGCGCUGCCACGAAGGAGAACACUUCCGAUGUAUACCGGAGUGAACUGAUUCAACAGAGGUGUUUCCAUGCGGCCAACUGUUUAGGACUUCCGCCGAUGACGGUUCUACCGAUGAAAAAUAACUUCAUGGAGCUGACGACAUCGGACGAAGUGGCAAUCCUCACUCUGUAUAACGUCCGACAGAUGUUAAGGGCGGCCGACGCGUACCUGAGGGUCAACUACCUGGACGAGCUGAGACAGGAGAGAUACGAAUCCCAGCUCAGCUAGAAUAUACAAUUAGACACGAGACAUCAAUACAACGUCACUGGUGGUGAUUUCAUAGAUAAACUUCGAUGUUUUGGUGAAACUUUAAUAUCUGAUGUUUAAAGUAUACCAUAAAUACGGCCUCGUAGUGUACAAUGAUUUCCCUAAAUGAU